GACAGUCAGAGCAAAGACGUUGCCCCAUCUCCAAUUGCUUUUAUUCUCUCCUUUUCUUUCCGCUUCUUCUUCCUCUCCCUCCUCCCUUUCGGCUGUGUUCUUCCUUUCUCCUGUUAAAAUGGCGGCGGCAAUCAAGGCUAUCAAUGCGAAGAUACGGUCGAAUAAAGUCCUCGACUACUUCUGCUCCACGCACUUCUGGGGACCGGCAUCGAAUUUUGGAAUCCCUAUUGCUGCGGUGAUGGAUACACAGAAGGAUCCCGAAAUUAUUUCCGGCCAAAUGACAGCCGCAUUGACCAUCUACUCCGGAACAUUUAUGCGUUACUCACUCGCCGUCACUCCUAAGAACUAUCUCCUCUUCCUUUGCCAUUUCGUCAAUUUCAAUGCGCAGUUAACGCAAGGCUAUAGAUACUUGAAGUAUUGGAACUGGGGUGGUCGCGAUGCUCUUCUUGCGAAGAAAGCCGCGGAGAAAGGCGAAACAGCGGCUGAUGCUACAAAAAAUCCAUGAGGCCAUUUUCUUAACAUCCUUUCCCUCUUAUGUACUAGUUACGUUUUGUCUUGCAUAUUUGCUGUCAUAGGCACAUAUACUUUGCAUUGUUGCAGUUGUCUCCUGCGUAGAAGCAUCCAGGAAUUUAAUUUGUUUGACAUUAAAAGACCUGGUGAUACUAAUGAGAUAUAAAUCAACAAACAAAACUGUAUGCAACUGCUUAUAUAUUCCAAGAAAUAAUCUUUCAAUUUUCCCCAUGCCAGUCGCUGUGACCAAGCUAACAGCGGUUCACAGUCCAAUCUCACAUGUGUAUAUCGUCUGCAGCAAUCUCUAAGCGCGCGAGAACCGAGAAUAGGGAAAACCUUGGGAAUCGUAAUCAAAGAACGCCGUAUGGAAAACCCGCUGUGGGCGGAGAAGGAAAAAAACGAGAGGGGGGAAAAAAAGAAAAGGUGGGGGAACUUGGCUUUCAAGGAUGGGUCGGAUCAAAUUCGUUAAAAAUGUAUCUGGAUUGAUUUCCAUUUGAUUUCUGCCACCAGGGACACUGCUAUAAGAUGGCAUGGUGCCCGCUAAAACGAAUCAAAAUGUAUGAACACUCUUACGCAUGAUGAACGCUCAGGGUCAAAAAGAAAUAGGGAAUGAAGAUUGUAAUAGGAAACAGGUCAUCAAAACUGCGACGGAAGCCUCGAAAAGGGUUGAUUGAACGUAGCGAAUCGUCGAAGGAGGAUACUCGUGGACUUUCUGAUCUAGAUAGCGUGCUCUCUUAUUAAACGUCGCAAUGACCAGGUUUGCUGGGUUCGCUUGAGCCAGCGACCCAGUUGUGUACGGUCAGUAUAGUUGUGUAAAUGCAUACAAGUGUGCCAAAUACUGCCAAGGCAAUAUCUGA